UGGCUGGCAAAACCCGGACGCGCCGCGCUCCAACGCUGAUCUGCGACGCCGCCCUCUCGUGGUCUCUUUCCCGUUCCCUGAAACGCCUUCCAAAAGAUUUUUCCACCAUUAUUGCUCUUGAAGGUCAUAGCAUGGAAAGCACCAAUGAUGGGAGCUCUCAAAAGCUGGCAAAUGUUGAUGACAUUGAGUUGGCUGCUGAAACUGGCUUGGCUGAUGAUGAUGACGACGACGACGACGAUGAUGAUGAUGAUGAGGAGGAGGAGGAGGGGGAAGAGGCUUCUAUAAUAAGGGAUUCAGCUGCCAUCGAACUAGGUGACCCUAACACUAGCACUGACUUGGAAGUGAAUUCUCUGGCAGGGAACCUUGAGGAGGUUGGAGGCACAAGGUCAGAGCCUUCCAUUGGUAUGAUGUUCCAGUCAGCAGUGGCAGCAUAUCGGCUUUACAAUGAGUAUGCUAAGGACAUGGGUUUUGGGGUGAGGAAGAAAUUGUGCCGCCGUUCUAAGACAAAUAAUGAGAUGAUUGCAGCAUGGUAUGUCUGCACUAGAGAAGGCAAAAUUGCAGCGAGUGAGAAAGCGGAGUGCUCACAGAGUGCAAGGAGGACCGGUUGUUGUGCAGCGUUGAAAGUGAAGAGAAUGGCUAAUAAGGAAUGGAAGGUAGUUCAUUUUGCCAAGGAACAUAACCAUGAGCUUGAUCCAGAGAAUGUGUGUUUGUUUCGAUCUCAUAUGAAGAAUCGUAUGCACAACAAGAAUAGGAUCAACAAGGCAGGUGUCGGACACAAAUACACGACAUCUGCCUCUAGCAAACAAUCUGGUGGUCAAGAUGGAGAAUGCCAAAACCUUGUGGAUAGAGGGCAGCGAAGGUUCUUUGCACCAGCAGAUGCACAUGCUAUUCACAUGCUGUUCAUUCACAUGCAUUCAAAAAACCCUGCUUUUUUCUAUGCAGUGGAUUUCGAUGAGGAGCAACACUUGAAAAAUGUAUUGUGGGCUGAUGCCAAGGCUAAGGUGGCAUACACUCAUUUUGGUGAUGUAGUAACCUUUGAUACCACUUAUCUGACUGAUGGGUAUAAGUUGCCAUUUGCUCCUUUUGUAGGAGUUAACCAUCACGGGCAGACUGUUUUGCUUGGAUGUGCACUGCUUGCAGAUCAGAGUACAGCAUCAUUUGUGUGGUUGUUUAAAACGUGGCUUGAUGCGAUGUCAGGCAGGCCUCCAAAGGCAAUAAUUACUGACUAUAACAAAGAUAUAGCUGCAGCAAUGUCACAGCUAUUCCCUGAGACUCAUCACCGUUAUUGCCUGUGGCAUAUCCUUAAAAGGGUCCCUGAGAAACUAGGUGAUGUUUGUGAAGCCCGUGAAAACUUUUUGAAAAAACUCAAUAAAUGCAUUUAUGACUCUACAACAGCUGUUGAGUUUGAGAGGAGGUGGUGGAACUUAAUUCAUCGUUUUGGUCUUGCAAAUGAGGAGUGGCUGCAAAGUUUAUACAAGGAUCGGCAACAAUGGGUCCCCUUGUAUCUAAAGGACACCUUUUUUGCAGGGAUGUCAAUCUCACAACGAAAUGAAAGUGUAAGCACCAUAUUUCAUAAGUUCAUCACCCGUGAAACUGGUUUGAAGGAGUUUUUAGAUAAGUAUGAGGUAGCUUUAGAAAGUAAAUUUGAAGAUGAAGCCCAAGAAGAUUUCUGGUCAUUUCACUCCAAGACCAAGGAGAUAACACAUCCAUCACCAUUUGAGUUGCAAUUGGCAGAUGUCUACACAAGAAACAUGUUUGAAAAAUUUCAAAUGGAGGUUCUAGGAAUCUCUUCAGUUUUUGCAUCAAAAGUUGAAGAAAAUGGAGACAUAGCAACAUAUAUGGUAAAGGCCUAUGAAGUGCAAGAAAAGAUGAAAGCCAGAAGGCUGUUAGAGAAGGAGUACCAAGUUGUGUGGAAUGCCAUAGAGAGAAAAAUACGUUGUGCAUGCCGCUUGUUCGAAUUUAAAGGUUAUCUUUGUCGACAUGCAUUAGCUGUUUUCCUUGCAUUAGGUGUUCUGGAAGUUCCAUCUUCCUAUAUACUGAAACGGUGGACAAAGGAUGCAAAGAGCAGACAUGUUUUGGAUGAAGGCUACACUGUGCAUGGUGACUGCUCAGAAUCUGUUGCACAACGUUUUAAUGAUAUAUGUGUACGGUCUUUUAAAUUUGCAGAGGAAGCAUCAUUAACAAAGAGGAGUUAUGAUGUUGCAUUACUUGCCCUUCAAGAAGCUUUUAGAAGAGUCACACACGCAAACAACAGUGUCAGAAAAAGUCGUCAACGCAAUUAUCCACAUAAUGGAGGUCGGUCAAACAAAUGACACUGGAAUGAUGUUAGUUAUCUGUAACCCUCUUUUCUCCAACGUCACUGAUGAGCCAAGCACAAAGUUUCAGCCUAGAGCUGAGAAUGGAACAAGGAAACAGAACAAUGAUGUGUGCAGAAGCUAUGAGCAACUUGGUCACAAUCUUGCUAUGUUCAGAGGGGUUGGCCAUAAUUGUAUUUAUUGCUGUGUUCCAAUCCUUCUUAUGUUGCAUCAUGUGUGGAUUUACAUGUUCAUAUACUGUGUAAAGUCUGUGCCUUAAAUUAGAGAUCAUAUGCAUGAUGUAGAUUCAUGUGCCUUUUGAUAGCUAACUCUUACCAAUAAGCAUUUCAUGCCACAGGCAUUUCAGUAA